CCUUGUCCUGGAUCGGGUAACAGAAAUGGAACAUGCUAUACCGAUGCUGAAUGCACCUCUAAAAAUGGAGUCGUUGCUGGAACUUGCGCCUCUGGAUAUGGAGUGUGUUGCACAUUUUCUGCGACUUGUGGACAAACUUCGAAUGAGAAUUGCACGUAUUUCGAAUCAUCAUCCAUUCCAACAGGGGCCUGUCGUCUGAACAUUUGCAAAUGCAAUGAAAAUGUUUGCCAACUCCGUCUGGAUUUUAAUAGCUUUAUUAUUGCGGGACCUUCAACUUCCCCCAUCACAGUUGCAAAAACCACUUUUGGAAUAGUCAGUGCAGGCGGAAAAGUCAAAGUGACUCAAGCUACCCAAUGCUUGGUGGAUCGAUUUUCAGUUUCAAGUCCAGGAAGUUCUGCCCCACCCACCAUUUGUGGAAUAAACACUGGCGAGCAUAUGUAUGUUGACGCCAGUGAUGAAUGCAACGAAAUCGCGUUCCAAUUGGGCUCAUCCUCCAAUGUGAAUCGUCAGUGGUCCAUCAAGAUUACUCAAUAUUCCUGCGAUUAUGACAACUUGGCUCCUUCCGGAUGCACUCAAUAUCACUUUGGUACCGGUAAUGGAAUAGUCAAAAGUUUCAACUUUGACGGAGGAGCUCAUUUGGCCAACCAAGAGCAGAAAAUUUGCGUCAGACAAGAACGUGGGAAUUGCCAAAUAUGUUACUUUCCCACAGCUGACACAGACUUCGUUGUGUCAGGGAAAACAGCAGAUGACAUGGGAUACACUGGUGUUUCGGAGUGUUGUGGAUAUGGAACAAAUGGAAAGGGAACCAAAGGUUAUGAUUGCGUGGUUAUACCUGGAGCUCAAAUGCAAACCGCUGAUGAAAAGCUAAUUCCUGGAUCUCAAAUAUGUGGGCGUAAAUUGACUUCUGCUUCGAAGGGGGCAAUGUCUAAGACUAUUUGCUCGGAACAACGGCCAUUUCGAAUUACCUUCCGUUCAGACAACUACGAAUUUGAGGACGAGUCUCUUGUUAAAGUCAACGAAGGAUUCCAAUUGGCAUUUGACCAAAAAGGUUGCUAACAAAAUAAUUCUGAUUAUGUCAAUGAAACUCAUUUUGUUGUUCUUCUAAGCAAUAAUUUAUAUAUGUUACUUUUCGUUUCCUUUGAGCAUAAAUGUUAAUGUUUUAAAAAUAAAAGCUUGUUCCACUAGGA